AUUGUCUCGUGUGGUCUUUCUGUUCCUGCGUCUAUUCUUCAUUCAUCGCAUUCAAACAUAUCAGCCACCAAAUUUGGUUUUAGCGACUAAUAUAUAUAUAUACAUAUAUAAAAAAAAUGUCGGAAACAUCCCUCUCAGAAAGCGACUCAAAGGCAAUUGUAAAUGCUUUUGAAGCUCUCGAUACCAGAGCGGUGCUGGAUCGCCGUUUUCCAGACAUUGGAGACGCAUUUGCUGCACCCAGCGAUAAUGAUUACCUCAAAGCUGCUGGAACCGCAGUCUUACCUAUUGUUGUCAGACAAAGCCUCCCAUUGCCUAAAAUUGCGUAUGAGCAGAUUAGAUUAAAGCCAAACAGUCCAUCAGGAAUAUUGCCAGAGAUCAAUAGAGCAUACUUUGCAAUUGGAAAACGUUUAUAUUUUGUAGAUUAUUCUCAGAGUAAUGAAUUACAAGUUUUUGAAGAAUCGAGUGAGAUUGUGGGCAUUGAGCUUGUCAAACCAAAGCCAGAUGUCUUUAGCAAGGAGAUUACUCAUGUACUUGUCAUCGCCACUGUCGACGAAAUUAAGAUUGUUCCUGUUUCCUUAAAAAAAACCGACACUGGAAAUACUUUAUCUCUUUAUUCAUCUGGACUCACAACUCCAUCUGGAAAUGUACAUAUGACUUCCUUUGUCGGCACUCCAUUUGGCCGCAUCUUUAUGCUUGGCAAUGACGGAAAUCUUUGGGAGUUAAUUUACAAGUCUACAGAAGGAUGGUUUAAUAGAAAGUGCUACAAACAACUUCAUCAGCCCACUACAAGCUUCUCCUUCUUGUUUAUGUCUCUUCAUGAUCCCUGUGUUGCUAUUUCAGCAAGCACUGACGGACGUGUUUUAUAUCAACUCCACCAAAGUUCGAGUAUUCAGGUUACUUACCUUGGAGAGGAUGGUCAAUCAUUUAUUACCAAAACCAAAAAAAGCAAUAUUCUUCAAGAUGUCCACAAUUCGUGCCCACAACUACCUUUAAAUAGCGAGAAUUUCAAAUUCAUCGCUCUAUAUGCAACAUCACCCGAAGAGUCAACCAAGUAUCAGCUGAUAGCAAUCACAUCUGAUGGUUGUCGUUUAUACUUUACUCACUUUAAAUCGUCGACGCAACUCACAAAGACGGAUCCACCUGACACUCUUGAGCUCAUCCAUGUUCGCCGACCUCCACCAUCACUAAACCCACAAUUUUACCCAACUGUGUUCAAAAAAGCUAUUUACAAAGACAGCACGAUGUUCCUUGUGGGCACUGGUGCUGAUGAAGGAAAGGAAAUAAUCAUGUCUACCUCUCCAGAUAUUGGAAAGUUAGCCAACUUGGGAGCCAGGUCAGGCUUGACAGAACUUAUGGAUCAAUUGGAAGUCCAAGGAAAGGUUUUCUCAAUUGUAGAGAUCCCUUCAGGACCAUUUGAGUUGAAUGAACUGUUGACCGAUUCCAAGAGCCACUCUAGAUAUUUCUUGGUCCUCACAUCCCUCGGAUUAACUGUACUGAAAAAACAGCGACCAAUUGAUAUGCUCAAGCGAUUGCUUUCUAGUGUGGGGAAAGAUGUCAGAGCUCGUGCUGAUGAAUACGAGACUUUCUUUGCCCAUUUCGGCCCAGCAUCCUCGUCAGCAUUGUGCUACGAACUAGCCUGUUCAGAAUUCUCCAACUGGUCCCCUUGUCCUCAACUGACAGCCGAUAUCCCAGUGACAGGAGACAUGAUUAUGCGGGUUACCGAUUUAUUGGAAACCCUGGGACAAACACCUUCUCCAAUCCCCCCGUCAUUUUCUAGCCGACAUGAUGGGCUUGCUCUCUAUCUUGGUCGUUUGAUAAAACCAGUACGAACCCACCCUUUGGUCGUUGACAGUCACAAUAUUAAAAACAAGCCUUCCAAACGUGCAGCAACACGGGAAGAAUUAGUUGCGAUACAACGCACACUUUUAAGACUCAAGGCUUACAUUGAUCAAAAUGCCUCUAUUUUCCAUCAUCUUACGCCACGCACAAAUGAAGAUCAGUCUAUUUACAGCUUGUAUAAACUCAUUGAGUUGACUAACGAAUCCAUUACUGAUAUUGUUAAGAGACUUCCAUAAAACAACCUAUCUCCAUUUUUUUACAUAAUUAUCAAAAGCUAAAUAAAGUGUUCAUAACUCUUUUUCACAUUUCAU